AUGUCAACGUUCUUCCUCUUCUGCACUGCAGACAUACCAGCCAGUAUUCUUAACGAUUUCAUGGACCAAUUUCGCAAAGUCUAUGACGACAAUAUGCCCAAUCUCAUGUGCGUCGUUCGCUCGCCAGAUCAGAGCUAUUAUCCAGACUGGGGCACUGAGCUCCCAAUUAGCGACUUCUCCACUGGGUUCAAAGAUGCUACAAACAGUGAGCUACGUGCUUUCACUCAAGCCAAAAUUGCUGAGCUUGGGGCAAGGGGGGAGGCUGGCUCCCUUGAGCCGGACUGGAUCGCGGUCAUGGAUGAAAGGUCGCUUCGAGAUAGAACAGUCGUUAUGCAAUUCAAUAUGCAGAUGUCCAUGUGGGCCCAGGAUCUGGAAGAUGCAGAUGAACCUUUCGAGAUCCCCGGUAAUGCUGAUAUAGAGGGCGAUGAUAUCUGGUGGAAGUGGCGGGUGCCCUUCUCGGGUGCUCAGCAGAUUUUCAACAGUAUUGAUUGUGGUGACCCUCCAAUGAUUCAGUUGUAUUCUCGCCCAGAAUUCCUGGGCUCGGACGGGGUUGUCAAGGUGGACGUUAUUCGGAAAACUAUACGUGGAGACAGGUGA